GACCCUCGCAUUGCCAACCAUUGCCCCAACGACGCCAAGGGCAGUUUCGUCUUUAAGGGCAUCGAAAACCCUAGUGCCGGGGAUCUAUAUAAGCAGCGAGCCAAGCGAAACCCUAGCGAUCUGGUCCAACACCAGCCGCCGCCAUGUCGAAGCGAGGGAGAGGAGGCUCGGCGGGGAACAAGUUCCGCAUGUCGCUGGGUCUGCCGGUGGCGGCGACGGUGAACUGCGCUGACAACACUGGCGCCAAGAACCUCUACAUCAUCUCCGUCAAGGGCAUCAAGGGGCGGCUCAACCGUCUCCCGUCCGCCUGCGUCGGCGACAUGGUCAUGGCCACCGUGAAGAAGGGGAAGCCCGACCUCAGGAAGAAGGUCAUGCCCGCCGUCAUCGUCCGCCAGCGCAAGCCGUGGCGCCGCAAGGACGGUGUCUACAUGUACUUCGAAGAUAAUGCUGGAGUGAUUGUGAAUCCCAAGGGUGAGAUGAAAGGCUCUGCUAUCACUGGACCCAUCGGGAAGGAGUGUGCUGACCUUUGGCCCAGGAUUGCUAGUGCAGCAAAUGCCAUCGUUUGAGAGCUUGUUGGAAUGUGUUGAAACUUCUGUGUGAUCUCAGUAUGUACUGCAACUGUUGCUAGGAGUUCUGUUGGAGUUAGUAGCCCCUUUAUCUUUGGUGACACAGCAGUUUUGUGGCGAACAGGAAUUUGUCUACCGUGGUGGAUAACAGUAUGCUUCUAGAGUUGCUGUCUACCAUUUUCUUGAAAAAUCUUGAUCGAAUGACAUCUUUUUUUUAUUAAGAAAUGACAUAUCUUUUGUAUUUGAUCGUCUGAUGUACAUUGCAAUUUGCUUGUGGUGUUGGUUGUUGACAGCAGAAUUUGCUUGUCUAAUUCAGAGCAUCUUCGUGGC